AUUAUUACGUCUGGUCAGAGCUGCAGUAACCGGACCAAAUUCAGGCCUCGGCUUAAAUUUCCCCCGGCUUGGGCCGACCUGAACUUUAAACUUGUUUAGGAUCAAGUAACUGAAGCCUAGCCAAGUAUUGAAAAGUAUAAUUUAUACAUUUGGUUGCACCAAAAUGGCUAUUGAUGGCUACGCUCUGUAGAAGCCUAGUGCUAGUGAGAGCGAGACUGUCAUCUUUAUCUCCUACAAUCCUCGUGUCUACCUCUACCUUUACUUCUCUAGAAACAUCUAUUCCCUUGUAUUCUAUAAACCAACCAUACUCCAGAAAACAGAUACCCAAGAAGUAUCUCAAGAAUCACAUCCCCUUGACAUCAUCGCACAUCAUGGCAAGCUCAGCUGGACUUUCUACAAAUGGAGGAGAUACUGAUAUUAAUACUGCUGUUUUUCCUUUAUCUUCAUCCUCUGUUCUCAAAAUCAAUAAAGGAGAUAUCACCAAGUGGUUUGUUGAUGGCUCCUCUGAUGCUAUUGUUAAUCCAGCAAAUGAGAAAAUGCUUGGAGGUGGAGGUGCCGAUGGAGCCAUUCACAGAGCUGCUGGACCUGAACUCGUAGAUGCAUGCUAUAAGGUCCCUGAAGUUCGACCUGGGAUCCGCUGCCCAACAGGAGAAGCAAGAAUUACUCCAGGUUUCAAAUUGCCUGCAUCUCAUGUAAUUCAUACUGUUGGCCCCAUCUAUGAUGCCAAUAGGAACUCUGCAGCCAUCUUGAAGAAUGCAUACAGGAACAGCUUGUCAGUGGCCAAAGACAACAACAUUAAGUUUAUUGCUUUUCCUGCUAUAUCUUGUGGUGUUUAUUUGUAUCCUUUUGAGGAAGCUGCCUCAGUGUCUAUAUCCACAAUCAAAGAAUUUGCAGAUGAUAUAAAAGAGGUGCAUUUUGUUCUGUUCUCGGAUGAGAUUUUCAAUGUCUGGGUGAAGAAGGCAAAGGAAUUGCUGUUGGCUUAGGACGGACAGUAUCUGGGUUUUAAUUGAAGUUGCGGAGCAGUUAUUUCAGUUACUCAGAAAUUGAUGGAGCAUUCGGUAGAUAUACGUGUGGGAUUGUCGUGCUAUUGUGACCUCCAGUGGAUGGAAGAGGUGGAUGAAUGCAUGCCAUGUUAGCAUAAAUCAUCAAUAGUGUGCGUUUUAGCGAAUACUCUACUUGAUAGUUAAUUUGAACCUUUAGCUCAAGAGCACCUCUGUUAUGUAUGGAUGUAUGGUGAAAAGACUUGCAUGCUUUCAUAUUGGGAAAGCAUCUUUUGCAAACUACUUAAUAAGGUGGCAUAAUCUCUUAAAUUGCAAGCCACAAUUGUCAGGAUGUUUUUUAUCCGCAUGAUAUGUUAACCAUAAUUGUUGAGAAAAGAAUCCUGUUUAAAUUAAAAUAGUGCAGUUUUGGAUUCACAAUGAUAUUAUCUAAUACAGUUUGAUGAA